AUGGACCACUCGAACCAUCGUUCCUCCUUUGGAAGCCAACGCCUCUCCCUCCUCUCCUCAAAGACCCCCAACCUAUCCACACCAACACUCCCGACACCACAGUUCGACAGUGAUGAGCUUUUGGCGCGUGCUGCGACAUUCGAGACCGAGGUCAACAGCGCCAUUCAAAAGAUCAAGUCAAAAAUCGUCGAAAACACUGAGCAGUGGGUUCGGGAAACUGCUGAGGCACGAGAGUACGAUCGGGAAGUGCGGGAAGAGAUGAAGAUUGCAGUUGCACAGGAGGCCGCACUCAACAAAACAUUACAGAAGGAAAGGGAGGAGGCCCAAAUCAUGACAAAGACGAUUCAGCAGCUAUCGGCAACAUACGAGGACAUGAAGCAGACAAGGUCAUCGCAUGAGACACAACUCGACCUUCUCCGGAAAGAAGUCAAAGCCAAGCGGGAAGCCAAGAUUGCAUUAAAGAAGGCGCUGGAUGAACAGGUCCUGAAGAACAAACCCGAGCUGGCGAGCUACGAGUCCUUCCUCUCCUUGCGUAUUGUCGGCGUCAAAGUGGACCACAUUGGAUUUAUCUUUACGCGGAUAAGUGAGCAGGACUGGGAUAAGGAAUAUUCGAUCACUCUAGAUGUCUCUCAACACGAGUUUUCAGCGUCGGAUUGCUCGCCCGAGCUGCCGGAACUGCCAGCAUUGCUGCGAUACCUGAACGAGACGAGGGACUUUUAUGGAUUUAUGAAGAAGGUCCGACAGGCGUUCAAGGAACUUUCGAAAAAGUAA